UGUCAUAUUGUCAAAUUAUUAAACAAACACGGCAACGUUUAUUUGGCGAGGUUAUUUUUAAAUUAUUUUGGAUUUUUUUAUGCAAAAUAUUUUGGAAUAAAACGUUUGAACCGUUAAAACUUAAUAGAUUCGUUCAAUACUUGUGCACCUGUUAUAUUUUUGUGUGUGACCUGUACAGAACAAUAUAUAUUACAGUCUUUUAUCCUAAAAGUUAUAACAAUAUUAAAAGAUGGUUCGAAAACUUAAAUUUCACGAGAAAAAGUUGUUGAAAAAAGUAGAUUUCAUAUCAUGGAAAGUAGACAACAACCUUAACGAAGUUAAAGUUAUGAAGAAAUACUUCAUUCAAAAGAGAGAAGACUAUACAAAAUAUAAUAAAUUAUCAAGAGAAAUAAGAGAAUUAGCAAAUAAAAUCAAAGAUAUAGAUGCAAGUCUGGACUUCAGGACAGAAUCAAGUGCUCAAUUACUUGAGAAGUUAUAUCAGAUUGGAUUAAUUCCCACUAGAUGGGAUUUAGCUUUAGCUAUGAAUGUCUCAGCCAGCUCAUUCUGCAGACGCAGGUUGCCUGUUGUUAUGGCCAGAAGCAGAAUGGCACAGUCGAUAAAAGAAGCUACAAAGCUCAUAGAGCAAGGGCAUGUUAGAGUCGGCCCUGAAGUGGUGAAGGACCCAGCUUUCCUCGUGAAUAGGUCUCUUGAAGAUUUUGUAACUUGGGUUGAUGGAUCUGCUAUUAAAAAACAUGUUAUGGAAUACAAUGAAAUGAGAGACGACUUUGAAAUGGUAUGAGCAUGCCUGUGGAUAGUAUUAAGGACUGUAAAUAAAAAGAGCUUUUAAUGAA